UCUUCCGUGUGAAAAUAAUUAAAUCCUAGACUUCUCAAGAAAGUCUGUAUCACUUUCUUAAAACAUUGAAGGAAAAAAUUAACUAAUGCAUACUGAUUUUCUAUGUUGGCUAGUGUAUUUUCGUAUUUCAUUCAUGUGAAAUCAAUUAACCACCACUCCACCAGGCACCAACUCCCACUUUCACAAAUCACAGUCUGUAUCAGUUAAAAGACCGAAAACGGCAAGAUCAUAAAAUUGAAAAUCGAUAAAGACACAUCGGUAUAUCAGCAAGCAGAGAUCUUUAAUGCAAUACACUUCAAACUAGGUCUCCAAUUUUUAUGGGUUUGUUCCGUUUUCAAUCUAUAUUCACAAUUCUGAAAUUUAGAUAUGGCUCCCUUAAUAAGAAUUGGGCUCGCUGGUCUUGCGGUUAUGGGGCAAAAUCUUGCCCUCAACAUUGCUGAGAAAGGAUUCCCCAUUUCUGUUUACAAUCGGACCGCUUCAAAAGUUGAUGAGACAGUUGCGCGAGCCAAACAAGAGGGAGAUCUUCCUUUAUAUGGCUUCCGUGAUCCUGAAUCCUUUGUUAAUUCAAUUCAAAAACCACGUGUGAUAAUCAUGCUUGUCAAGGCUGGACCCCCUGUUGACCAAACCAUCAAGACUUUGUCAGUUUAUAUGGAGAAAGGGGACUGCAUCAUAGAUGGUGGUAAUGAGUGGUAUGAGAACACGGAGAGGAGAGAGAAAGCCAUGGCUGAUCUGGGUUUACUUUAUCUCGGAAUGGGAGUUUCAGGUGGUGAAGAGGGUGCGCGGCAUGGACCUUCUUUAAUGCCUGGAGGUUCCUUUGAGGCCUACAAAUACAUAGAAGACAUCCUCCUUAAGGUGGCAGCUCAGGUUCGUGAUAGUGGCCCGUGUGUCACUUAUAUUGGCAAAGGAGGAUCUGGCAAUUUUGUCAAGAUGGUUCACAAUGGGAUUGAAUAUGGCGACAUGCAGCUGAUUGCAGAAGCUUAUGAUGUGCUGAAAUCAGUUGGGAAGCUCACCAAUGAAGAAUUACGCCAGGUUUUCUCUGAGUGGAACAAAGGGGAGCUUAUGAGUUUCUUGAUUGAGAUUACAGCUGAUAUUUUUGGAAUUAGGGACGAUAAGGGAGAUGGGUACUUGGUUGACAAGGUUUUGGAUAAAACUGGCAUGAAAGGUACUGGUAAAUGGACAGUUCAGCAAGCUGCUGAGUUAUCAGUAGCUGCUCCUACUAUAGCAUCAUCUUUGGAUGGAAGAUUUCUUAGUGGUUUGAAAGAAGAAAGGAUUGAAGCUGCCAAGAUUUUCAAAUCAAGUGGUGUUGGAGACAUCCUAGCUGAUCAAGUUGUUAAUAAGGAAAAGUUGAUUGGCGAUGCGGGGCAAGCACUUUAUGCUUCUAAAAUAUGUAGCUAUGCUCAAGGAAUGAACUUGAUUCGUGCAAAGAGUGCUGAAAAGGGAUGGGACUUGAAACUUGGGGAGCUGGCAAGAAUUUGGAAGGGUGGUUGCAUUAUUCGUGCUGUGUUCUUGAACCGUAUCAAGCAGGCAUAUGAUAGAAACCCAGAUCUACCAAAUCUUCUUGUAGAUCCAGAGUUUGCAAGGGAGAUUAUUGAGAGACAGUCAGCUUGGCGAAGAGUUGUCUAUCUUGCUAUCAACUCAGGCAUUAGCACCCCCGGUAUGUCAGCUAGCCUUGCUUAUUUUGACACAUAUAGGAGGGAAAGGCUGCCUGCUAAUUUAGUUCAAGCUCAACGGGAUUACUUUGGAGCACAUACGUAUGAGAGAACUGAUGUGCCAGGAUCCUUUCACACUGAAUGGUUCAAGAUAGCUAAAUUGUCAAAGAUCUGAAUUUAGCUUUCUUGUGGUGCUGUUGGCAAUCUACCUUAGUGACUUAUCUCUAAAGAACCAAAUCAUUUGGCCUUUAUGACUUAAAACAAUGUAUUUGUUGCUGUUAUCUUGUGGUGAUAUCAUCUCAUAAAGGUAAGGCAUAUUAAUAUGUUUAAUUGUUUGGCAUGAUGUUGCCAUUUUGAAACUGUAGAAGCAGAUCCUGCCAGCUUUAUCAACUUAUUAAUCUUACAUGCUCUUCGUCCUAUACGCUAAGCACGUACAUAUACUUUGCUCCACUUACCACAUGUUGGCCAAUGUAUUAAUAUAUUAAAUAAUAUUCCUUAUUUUUCUGCUUCA